AUGGAUAUAAUAUAUCAUUAUUAUGGUGCAAGAGUAAAAGCUUUGCGUUUUUUUGAGUAUAAGAAAGAAUGGAAAUGGUCUGACAAUGAUAAUGCAUAUUUGCCUGAAUGGGCUAUACCAUUAAUUAAAGAAUCUGUAGGUAGUUUGUAUCAUUAG